AUGCAGCCUGGGACGCUUGACAACACAAUCUGCAUCACAGCAUCAAGUUCAUUAUUAGUUGUCGCUACGCCUGGACUUUUCGAGCCUGAGCCCGCCGGUGGUAGUGCAGCAAGAGUCAACUACACCCUGGAACGACCCAAGUAA